UUUCCUCAUAGUACCCAUGAAUGGCUUCAGAAUCUUACCUCUUAGCCUUUUUUACAGAUAAACAAAAGCAGAAAGGUUAAAUUUCUUUAUUCAAGGUUACAUAAGUUCUAGUGGACCCGAGAUUUGAACUUGGAUCCUCAUCUUUCAGAACAGUCAGAACCGUGCCUAGGAAAAGUUCCCAGCUUUGCUCCUGGAGUGCCACCAAAGUGGGAAGUUAGUCAGACUUUUAAGUGCACCUAAAGCUGACUGAGUGAUCAGGGAAUUGGGAAAGUCUUUGAUUUUUUUUAAUGGGCGGUUCUUUUUGGGGAACACUGAAAUGUCUGAGGGUCCAGUGGAAUUUUCAUCUGAGAAAGGGGGAGGAGGAAGAAACAGAGGGCCCCUGUGGGGCCAGGUUUCUGUGGCUUAGUUGCAGAGUGGAAAAGUGCCAGACCUGGGGGUAAUGUAGUUCGAAUCCAUCCUGAUACUGUGGGCCAAUUAUUUCUCUCAAUCUGAUGCUUCCUUUAUAAUGGGUGGGAAAUACAGCAUCCCUGGUUUAGGGUUAUUGGGAGGAAAUCCUUUGUACACCUGUAACUACUAGAAGUUUGAGUUAGUGGCAUUUUUUGUGCCCAACUCCCAACCCUUACAGCUUCUGAGGUCACCUUCAGGCACUAGAGACAGGAGCAGUGCUCACCCACUUUCCCCUUUCCCAGCACUGGUUAGUUUGAAAGACUAGGAAAAGUAUCGUGGGAAAAGGAAUUGGAUCAGAGGACCUGGCUUCAACCAAAUGGGCCUAGUCAAGGUAACAUGGGAUGGUACAGAGAGCAGUAGACUUAGUGUGGGAAACAUCUAGAUUUAAAUUCUGCCUCAGGUAAUUGGUAAUAACACCUGGUAUUUCUACAAAUUUUUAAGAUUUGCAAAAAUCCCUCAAAUGCAUUUAUCGGUCAGUACAUCUUAGCCCUGGAGAACAAGGUUCCGAUAGUGGUGAGAUCCCGGAGGGAAGGAUGGGAAAAGGGAGAAUUCAAGCGACUUCCCAGAGUUACGUCCAAAAUCGAAGACUCUUAGUGGGUCAUCCAGUGGCUUCUGGUUGCCUGAACAAGUCACUUUCUUCCCUAUGCCUGUUUCCUCAUCUUUCAAAUGAGAGGGUGGAGUUGAUCCCAACUGGCUCUAAAUAAAAUAAUCUUAAUCUGAGAUCUAUUUAGAAGCUCUUGGAACGUAUAUGGAGAAAAGAAAUGACAUCUUUAUGUUUAAUAACGUCUAGCUGAAAUUUAGCCUUCCCUUUGGCGAGGGAUUUUAAAAACCAUUAUUUUGAGAAAGGAUCUCUAGGCUGCAACAGACUCACAGGGUCCACGGGCUAUCCCAGACCAAUCGAGGGGUCCGUAGGCUCCCUCAAACUGAUCACAACGGGAGGACUGAAGAUCUAAGCCAAAUUGCUGAUGUCCCACUGGAACCCCAAGAUGCUUCGAUGAGGUAGGUAGUGGGUCAUCCCAAUUUUACAGAUGAAGAAACUGGUUCACAGAAGGUAAAAUGAUAAUGCGCAUGUGGAUAGUUUUGGCUCCAAGAUCUGAGUGAGAAUCCUGUUUCAGCUGCGUUAGUUGGAUAGUCCAGGGCAAAUCCCUACCUUCCAGGAUUGCUGUGGACGUUAAAUGCUGAAGCAAAUGUGAAAAGCUCUAAAAUGUGGGAGUCGGAAAAUUAGGAUUAUCAGCUUUAAAACAUUCACUCGGUAUAUAAAUACCAGCUAUUAUCAUAGCUCAAAGAGAAGAGGUUCUCCCAUCAUAGAACCUUAAGUUUUAGAGAAGAGGUUGUCCCAUCACAGAACUAUAGGAUUUAGAGAGCAGCUCGACCGAUCUUUUGUACACUAUUCCGAUUACUUGAAAACCUCGUCAAAGGGCAAGCCUUCCAAGGCAGCCCGUGCCAUUAUGAGGCAGUUGUGAUUGGUAGGAAGUUUGUUUUUUCUUUUUUUUCCUCAUGUCCAGUUGACAUCUGUCCCUUCUGCAAAGUCUUGCCCCUCAUCAAAACAUGCCGAAUCCAAUGGUCUCAUGACCAUUGGUCAAAUCUGUAUCUGCAGUGAAUCAGCUCCGUGUUCUUAAGUCUCUACUUCCAAAAAGAAAAAUGGUGGGAUUGGACUUGAGGAAGAGGGAAGGGCCCUCGCAUUUCCCAUCGGUCAAUGGGCCCUCUAGAGCCAAGCAGAGGUAGUAGAAUCUCAUCUUACAGAGGAGAGGAACGAGGGCCAGGGGCCUGAAACAUCCUGUCUUGGGUGCCUCAGAAUUAAGAGCAGGAAUCUCGAGUCUGGACCCAUUGGCUCUGCUGGGAAGCAGUGGAGCCAGUUCGGGUUUCCUGAAUUUACUGGUAUCACUUCCAACGUCUGGGGAGGAACUUUUCAGUGGGAAACAGGAAGGCUUUGGAUGAGAGCUGAUUUGGGGUCCCUCUCUCCCUCAGUGAGCUUUCUGAAGUCCCUCCUUUCUGGAACUAAAACUGCACUUUAUCGACCCUACCCCAAGUGUGCCCCACGUUCCAAAGAAAAACUUCCUGCCCAGAGGCCCCGCUUUGUGCUGGGGCACUAAAAGCCACAUUAAGGCAAAAAUACCCAGCAGGCCACGAAAGUCAUUUUUAACGGAUCAGUGUAUUCAUUGAAGCGAAUCUCCCGUUGGAUGCUUAGGGGUGGGGGGCCAGGGACGCUAGAGAUGCUUUGGGGGGUGGGUCCCUGCUAAUGGUUCUCUGCCAGUGCUGAUACCAGCUUGCCAACUUGCCAACUUCCCCCUCCUUAGAAGUCACUAGGUAAGGAGAGAGUCACUUGGUUUCCAUUUCCGGGCUAUAGACCUGGCCUAUUGGGGUACCCCCUUUGACCCCCACCUCCUGGGAGAGUAGCCCCAUGUAUCACAUCUUUCCGGACCCCUCAGUUCCCCCAUUUUACAAGUGAAGGAGACUUCCAAGCUUCCUUCUAUUACAAAAGCUUUUUAGACUGUGGGUCUUGACCCCAGGUGGGAUUGUGUCACUGAAUGUGGGGGUUGCAAGAUUACGGUCAUCCGUGUUAGAUUUGCACACCUGUUUUAUAUCCCAAUAUACCCUGGGCUCGGGGAAAAAUGUCUCGGGAGAAAAGGGGUGUGAGAGGGAAAAGUCGCAGCCUGCUAGUACGUAUUCCAGCGAGGUCCCUCCCUUUCUGACUGUUCUCCCAAGCUCGCCCCCUGCCAGCCCAAAGGCCCCUGCUGACUCGGACAUCCAGUGUUCUGCGGCCCCUCCCUCCCCGUUGUGUUCCGGGUCCCCGCCGGGUCCUUUUCAGUUUGCACAACGACAGGUAUAAUGGGUGUGAGGGACUUCGCGCGCUUUCCAGUCAGUCAGUACUCCCGUGCUGGGGACGCAAAAGCGCGGUUCCGUUUUUCCGGGAGCUCACGCGCUAAGCAGGAAAACAACACGCACGGGCGAGUUCUGGACCGGACAGAUCAGACAUGAGCCCCCGGGCGGCCCGGGGAAAGGCUUCCGGAAGCAGGUGGGGAUUUCUCGGCACGGGGAGGAGCCCGAGGCAGGGAUGGGCCGGGAGAGCACUCCCGGGGCGGCGAAGGGCCAGGAAGCUGGAAAUGGGAGUCCUGCUCCUUCCCGGCCGGGCUCCAGGCAAUUCCGGAAGACUCUAAACUGCAGACGAGGCGCUGCUUGGCAGGGGCGAAGGGAGUUUCCUUACCGGGAGUUCCCUAUCCCGAUACAACGCACAGAUAUUACUUAUUAAUGAUGAUUCUACUAUCUGCCAUCACCAACACGUAGCCUUGUGCUCCUCUCCCGAGGGGUCCGUGAGUGCCGCUGGGGCCAAUACGGUGGCUUUAUCCAAGUCAGGGCAGUUGGAGUCUUCUGGAGACAAAGCGUAGCCCAGAGGAGGAACGCACUAAUGGUGGAAUUUCAGGCACCAGGGAUAAGCCAGUGGAAAAGGAGAGAGGAACCCAAGUCGCCCUCCACCCCUUUAUUCAUCAUCAUAGUUGGUAACCCCUGGAGUUCGGUCCGAGCGCAGGGGGUUUGAGCCCCUCUCCAAGGAUCUGUCUCGACUCAGGAUGACGAGCUUUCUUUAACAAGACCAGGACUUUCUCCCCUUCCCGGGCUUCCUUCCUUCCCAUUGGCCGGGGCCCCGGGCGGGGCGAACACAUCAAGCACUACAACUCCCGAAAAGCCUCGGGGCUAGGGCAGCCGCCCUGGUUGCCAUGGUUUCAGUAAACAAUAUGGCCGCCCCCAGGCGGCGUUCUAGGCUCGGGCUCAGCAGGCAGCGGCGGCCGCUAGAGACGGCGGGAGGGGCGGCAGCUGAACGGCCAGAGCUGUGGCUGGGGAAAGAAACGCGACCGGAGCUGGGUAGGAGGACCGUGGGCGUUCAUGGCGGGCGGCGUAGACGAAGAGAUACUGCAUCAGCUGUACCUGUGGGUGGACAACAUCCCCCUGUCCCGGCCCAAGCGGAACCUCUCGCGGGACUUCAGUGACGGAGUCCUGGCUGCUGAGGUGGUGAAGUUUUACUUCCCCAAGAUGGUGGAGAUGCAUAACUACGUUCCAGCCAAUUCGGUGCAGCAGAAAAUCAAUAACUGGAUUCACCUGAACAGGAAGGUGUUACACAAGCUGAAUUUCUCUGUCCCCGAGGAUGUGAUCCAGAAGAUUGCCCAGUGCUCGCCGGGAGUGGUGGAACUUGUCUUGAUCCCACUGCGACAGAGGCUGGAGGAAAAAAAGCAAAAAAUGCAGGGGGAGCUCAGCCUCCAGGAAGGCAGUAACUAUAUGGACGUGGGUUUCUCCCAGAAGCCCCGCGGGGAUGGCUCCACGGAACCCCGGAAAGCAGGGCAGCCCAGGGGAGGCAAGUACAGCCAGGCCUUGCAAGGGGAACCGAGCUUCCUCGUGCAGAUCGCCGAGAAGGAACAAGAACUGCUGGCGUCCCAGGAGACGGUCCAGGUCCUUCAGAUGAAGGUCCGACGCCUGGAGCAUCUGCUGCAGCUCAAAAAUGUUCGCAUUGAUGACCUGAGUCGGCGCCUCCAGCAAGCCCAGCGCAAGCCGCGGCAAAACAGGCAUCCCUUGGAAUCUGGACACAGAGCCCGGACAUCUUGCCUGCUUCCUGAAGUCCCAGGCCCAGGGACCACAGAGGGCUGUUUAGAGAGCCCCCCAGCCUCCACUUGCUCUGGGAGGACGUUGUCCUGGCCCUUACUGCCAGCUGAAGCUGGCUCGUCACUGGGUACCAUCAGCCGAAGCCUUGUGUCACCUCGUGCUGAACCAGAGCAGGAUGCGCCAGGGCUUUCCAGGUUCCCUCCUUGCCCCGGGCUGACCACCUCCCCACCUCCAGGCUCCCUUCUUUCCUGUUGUGGGCCAAGAGCGCCAGUGCAGGCCGGGGCUUCCAGUGGCCAGGACGUCCAGACUAGGGGUUAGGGUGUAGACUGCCACAGGCUCUGAGGAAGGCCUCCUGGCUAUGGACCGGCCCUUCUCAGUGCCGGGAAGCAGAGGCCACUGGGUCCUCCUGUCCCCGAGGUCCCCAAGGAAGAAGGGCUGGGUUAGAGAAGGAUGCUGGGGAGAGAGCUGGGACGUCCUUCCCCAAUAAACAUGUAUCGCUCCAAUA